GACAAAGCGAUCGAGCCGUCAAGAACGUCUCGGGGCCGCACAUUCCAAGAUCCUACUCUCCUCGAUGACGGCUCCAAUUGUCGUAGCUGAGCAGCUGCUUGCCCUGUGCGUUGAGCGGAUGCGCGAUGGUCUGCAGGUGACCUUGGAGGAUGCCUUGCCGGAAAGUGAACUGGGCCUUGGGGCGCCCACGGCGGACAUCCCUGACACCCUAAGGCAACGCCUGGAGUGGGAGCAGGGAGUUGAGCAGCGGCGGGUGGGGGCCAUCGCCGCCGCGGUACAGCAGAGCUUUCAGCAGCUCAAAGCAGCGGUUGUCGAACUGGGUGGUGGGGUCAACAUGGGUGGGGAAAUUGUGGAUGUCCCGGUGGCAGAGCUGGACCGUUUGAUUAGCCAGGUCUCUUCGGAGAGCGGCAGGCUUGGAAAGCGGAUGGUGGAGUGCUAUGGAGAGGCGGAGCAGUUAGCAACAGGGAUUGAGGAAGAAAUACUGAACAUUAAGGUGCCAUCCUCGAAACAAAGUUAAGAGGUUGGAGGCGGAUAUCUUCUCCAUUCCUUGCCCCCCUCUAAAAAAAAAAGAUGAAACUUUUGGUUAAAUUCUGUGGAUGGACUCAUUUUGUAA